CCUGAACGACAUCUUCACAAACAAUGUCAUCGUGCGGCUGUCGCAGAUCAGCGAGGAUGUCAUCAGGCUCUUCAAGAAGAGUAAGGAAAUUGGCUUACAGAUGCAUGAAGAACUCCUGAAAGUCACCAACGAGCUGUACACGGUGAUGAAGACCUACCACAUGUAUCAUGCAGAAAGCAUCAGUGCUGAGAGCAAGCUGAAGGAGGCAGAGAAGCAGGAGGAAAAGCAGUUCAACAAGUCAGGAGAUGUCAGCGUGAACCUUCUGCGGCACGAGGAGAGGCCACAGCGGCGGAGCUCCGUCAAGAAGAUUGAGAAGAUGAAGGAGAAGAGACAAGCCAAAUACUCUGAAAACAAGCUGAAGUGUACUAAAGCCAGGAAUGACUACCUGCUGAACCUGGCAGCCACCAACGCAGCUGUCAGUAAAUACUACAUCCACGAUGUCUCUGACCUCAUUGAUUGCUGUGACCUGGGGUUCCACGCCAGCCUUGCACGGACCUUCCGGACGUACCUGUCUGCUGAAUACAACCUGGAGACCUCCCGCCACGAGGGCCUGGACAUCAUUGAGAAUGCUGUGGACAACCUGGAUGCGCGGAGCGACAAGCACACCAUCAUGGACAUGUGCAAUCAGGUCUUCUGCCCUCCACUGAAGUUCGAGUUCCAGCCCCACAUGGGGGAUGAGGUGUGCCAAGUCAGUGCCCAGCAGCCUGUGCAGACUGAGCUGCUGAUGCGGUACCACCAGCUACAGUCCCGCCUGGCCACCCUUAAGAUAGAGAAUGAAGAGGUACGAAAAACUCUGGAUGCCACAAUGCAGACUUUGCAGGACAUGCUGACAGUGGAAGAUUUUGAUGUUUCAGAUGCCUUCCAGCACAGUCGCUCCACUGAGUCGGUCAAAUCAGCUGCUUCAGAGACCUACAUGAGCAAAAUAAACAUCGCCAAGAGGAGAGCCAACCAACAGGAGACUGAGAUGUUCUAUUUUACAAAAUUUAAAGAGUAUUUGAAUGGCAGUAACCUUAUCACAAAGCUCCAGGCUAAGCACGACCUGCUGAAGCAGACUCUUGGGGAAGGUGAAAGAGCUGAAUGUGGAACAACCAGGCCCCCAUGUCUUCCCCCUAAGCCACAGAAAAUGAGGAGACCUAGGCCUCUCUCAGUCUAUAAUCAUAAACUCUUUAACGGCAAUAUGGAAACGUUCAUUAAGGAUUCCGGACAGGCCAUUCCACUUGUAGUAGAAAGCUGCAUUCGUUACAUCAAUUUGUAUGGCCUUCAGCAGCAGGGCAUUUUUCGAGUUCCUGGCUCACAGGUAGAAGUCAACGACAUCAAGAAUUCCUUUGAACGAGGUGAAGAUCCCCUUGCUGAUGAUCAGAAUGAACGUGACAUUAACUCAGUGGCUGGAGUCUUGAAGCUGUAUUUUCGAGGACUGGAAAACCCCCUCUUUCCUAAGGAAAGGUUUCAAGAUUUGGUAUCUACUAUAAAAACUGAGAAUCCCACCGAGAGGGUGCACCAGAUCCAGCAAAUCAUCGUCACUCUGCCCCGGGCUGUCAUUGUUGUCAUGAGAUAUCUAUUUGCUUUCCUCAAUCACUUGUCACAGUACAGCGAUGAGAACAUGAUGGAUCCCUACAACCUGGCCAUCUGCUUUGGGCCCACUCUGAUGCACAUUCCAGACGGGCAGGAUCCGGUGUCCUGUCAAGCCCAUGUCAAUGAGGUCAUCAAAACCAUCAUCGUCAACCACGAGGGCAUCUUCCCCAGCCACAGAGAGCUGGAAGGACCUGUCUAUGAGAAGUGCAUGACUGGAGGGGAGGAAUACUGUGACAGCCCUCACAGUGAGCCAGGCACCAUUGAUGAAGUUGACCACGACAAUGGCACGGAGCCACACACCAGUGAUGAUGAAGUGGAGCAGAUUGAAGCCAUAGCAAAGUUUGACUAUGUUGGACGGUCUCCACGAGAGCUGUCCUUUAAGAAAGGGGCGUCGCUCCUCCUGUACCAUCGGGCAUCAGAAGAUUGGUGGGAAGGGAGACACAACGGUGUGGAUGGCCUCAUACCCCACCAAUACAUUGUGGUGCAAGACAUGGACGAUGCUUUCUCUGACAGCCUGAGCCAGAAGGCGGACAGCGAGGCAAGCAGCGGGCCGCUGCUGGAUGACAAGGCCUCCUCCAAGAACGACAUCCAGUCCCCGACGGAUCACCUCGUGGACUACGGCUUUGGCGGGGUCAUGGGCCGAGUGAGAUUGAGGUCUGACGGCGCAGCUAUCCCUCGCCGUCGAAGCGGGGGGGACACCCACAGCCCACCCCGGGGGCUGGGUCCUGGCAUAGACACUCCUCCUCGAGCGGCCGCCUGCCCUAGCAGCCCCCACAAAAUUCCUCUAAGCAGAGGCAGGAUUGAGAGCCCUGAAAAGCGCAGGAUGGCGACAUUCGGCAGUGCAGGGAGCAUCAAUUUCCCAGACAGGAAGGCCUUGUCUGACGGCCACCCGCUGCGAUCGACCUGUGGAUCCACCAGGCACAGUAGUCUUGGAGAUCAGAAAUCUCUAGAAGCAGAAGCACUUGCCGAGGUAAGAGGGUGGUGAGUGGCUCCUGGUGCCCACGGAUCGAGAGGUAAAAUUCAGGGCUGAGCACUGCAGAGCCCCUUUCAUCUCACAGCGCUUCAGGGUGGUGGAGCUGUUGCAGCUGCAGUGGUUUAGAGAUGGAAGCCAGCAGCCAGCAGCGUGCUGUCUGCUCCUCCAGCCCUGUGGCUGGUCUAACAGGAGGUACAGCUGCUCUACAUUCCUUGCUUCUGUGCUACAGCAGGCAGAGGUGUUCAGUGCACCACUGAAAUGCGCUGCCGUCCGCUCGCAGGGCAGGACGUGCGUGACCUGCAUUGGGCACUCCAUAGAAAGCAUCUGUAAGUCAGCAUUCAGUUGGUGCUUAGUGCAUUUCAGGUUUUUUUGGCUAUGUGUAGGACCUCAGAUCCUUAGUCUAAGCGCAGUGGGAUGUCCCCAGCCAUACACGUGGUCCACAGCAUCGCUGCAGUUUCAUGCUGCUUGAUCAGUGCACUCUGCUGUCAGCACAGCCUGUGGUCUGCUCUCCUUGCUGCUAGCUGGGGGCUGUCAGCCAGGCGCCACUAACCCAUUAACAACUGGAGUGUGGUACUUCCAUGGAGCAGGCUGCAGCAUUCCUGUGCCUCUGUGUGGCCGGGGCCAUGCAGAAGAGUCCCAUGUGCCAGCACUUCCAGGCCACGUGCUGUGUGCCACUCCUGGCCAGGCACGAUGGAGGUGGGAGAAGAAUGGCUGCUGGAGACGCUGCUGCCUGUCACAUGGAAGGAUCUUCUGUGGGGCUUGGCAGGUUAUUGCGUAGAACCACCUGCUUUCAGUGGGAUAAGUAACAAUAAUGGCAGAAAGGAAGAACUCUUGCUGUCCUGUCUGCUUUUCCACCAAUCACGCUCCUUGUGCGCUUGCUCUGCAGCACUCUGCCCGCUUCUCUGUUCAUCGGGAGCUUAUGUGUGAACCAGUGUCAGUGCAGGGGGUGCCUCCACAGGAGCAGGAAGUGCUGGGGGUGGAGGCGAUCUGCCCCCUUUCCUUUCCUUCACUUUUUUUUUUUUUAAACUCUGGAAAGGAUUCUUGCUCAACUGAUUAAAAUAAGCAUUUAUGUGAAGUUGGACUGAAAUUGGUAGUCCUAAGGCUGAGCUGUGGGAGAAUUAUUUCCACUCAUUUUCUGCUCAGUUUAAUAAAAUUAAUUGGAGCUAACUUGAUAAUUAAUUCCCUUCAGCUGAACGUGAUCUAAGGCUUACUAAGUAUUUUGUAUACAUGAGAAGACAUAAGGACUUGUCUACACGAGGGUAGCGAGGAGAGUUAAGCGGAGUUACUUCUGGAAUGGUGGAUUCGAUUGCUGUGAAUCGCUUUUCAGAUGGCCUCUGAGUUAAAGUGGCCUUAAUUCAUUUAAGGCUGACUGAAAUGAAGCCAAAUUAGGGCCUCUUCAUCUCUGAGCGUGAAGAUCAGCAGCCAGUUGUAGGCAAUUGACCAAAUUUGCUUUAAGUUUACAUUUUCCCUUGGCUUGGGCUCCCUGUCUGACAGAUUUCUUGGGCAGCCCCAGGGGUGCCGUGAGCCAGGUAGCUGGGAAGUGCUGGCUGUGGGGGGCCCUGGUUCUGGCG